CUUACCCACAACCCCCACUCACACAACCCAAAGUCUCAUCUCGUCCAAUCCCAUUCGAAAUAACCAAGAAAACAACAUGCCCCUCACCCAAAGCGGAGCUAAUCCAGAGGCCAAUAUCCGUACUUACAACGAUGUCACUGGCAAUCAAGUCAUCAACGCUACAAACAUCACAAACGUUCACACUGGUUCUGGGGACGACACCAUCCUAGCGAUGUUGAAACCAGUCGAUCACAACCGCCACUACGUCCAACCAUGCAUGGAUGGCACCCGAAAGGACAUCUUCACGGAAAUUCAACACUGGCUCGACCAACCGGCGGACGCACAGGAAGCAAAGAAUAUCCUUUGGAUCACAGGAAGCCCAGGAGCUGGGAAAUCAGCUAUCGCAUCUAGCUUGAUCUCGAAGCUUAGAGCCGAUCAUCGUCUCGGUGGAUCAUUCACUUUUCGUAGAGGCGAUACGGUAUUGAGCGACCCUGCGGCGCUUUGGCGAACUGUCGCCUUCGAUCUUGCUCGUUUCGAUCCGGAUGCUGCAUCCACCGUUGUCACCGCUCUCAAGGAGGGAAGCGUGGAUCCCCAAAGACCUGAUAUUGCAGCUCAUUUCGACAUCCUUAUCAAGGAGUCAUUGGAGCAGAUGAACGAAAAAUUGGUAGCCCAGGAAAAUCCGAGGUAUCCUGUAGUGGUCGUAGAUGCUUUGGACGAGUGUGGCGAUUCGUAUCAAAACCCACAACGUAAAACUCUUCUCGAUACCCUUACGCGAUGGUCUAAGCUCCCGAAGACAAUCAAGUUGAUAAUCACAGGCAGAGACGACCGUUUACCCGAGCCCUUUCGUCAAGCCUGCCAAAAAAUUGUCCUCCCAACAGCAGAUAAGGUGACGCCUGCAGCAUCAAAAGACAUUCAGACGUUCUUUGAAAGCCGUUUCAAGGAACCGACGACCAACAUUCCAUCGUUGGCCCAAGCCGGUUGGCCAGCACCAUAUGACAUUCAAUGACUCAAAGCUCGUGCUGCAGGCCUUUUCAUAUGGAUCUAGGCUUGUUUCAAGGUCUGGAAAUCUUAUCAGGAUCUGGGACAUCUUUUCUGGUCAGCUGGUAGCUGGUCCGUUUGGCGAUAUAGAUGUGCAUGAUUCUUCCAGUAUUGCAUUGUCACUUGAUGGGUCUGUGGUCGCUGUGGCUGGCAGGACAUUCCUGGGCGGUCUGACGAUGACGGUUUGGAAUAUUUCCACUGCGCAGCCUGCGAAAAGCAUAGACAAAAGCUUCGAUCUUGAUACAUUAACUACCUUCACUGCGUUCUCUCUAGAUCUAUCAAAG